UAUUCAUCUUUGUUCUCUCUCUCAAGUUGUCUUUGUACGCGCCGCUCCUAUCGCUUUCUCCUAGAUCCAUGGCUAGCAAAGAUACCGAGCACAGAGAGGAGGAGGAAGUAGUCGCCGGAGAAGACGAGGAUACAGGGGCACAUAUUGCUCCGAUAGUAAAGCUUGAGGAAGUUGCCGUCGCCACGGGCGAAGAAGACGAAGAUGCCAUCCUCGAUCUAAAAUCUAAGCUCUAUCGAUUUGACACUCAGUGGAAGGAAAGAGGUACUGGAACUGUUAAACUAUUGAAGCAUCGACAGACUGGAAAAGUUCGUCUUGUUAUGCGGCAGUCUAAGACUCUCAAGAUCUGCGCUAACCAUUACGUUCUUCCUACGAUGUCCGUUCAGGAACACGCUGGGAAUGAUAAAUCUUGUGUAUGGCAUGCGGCUGAUUAUGCGGAUGGUGAAGUGAAAGAUGAAAUGUUUUGUAUCAGAUUUGCAUCUGUUGAAAACUGCAAAACCUUCCUGGAGAAAGUACAGGAGGUUGCUGAAUCCCAACAAAAGAAAGAGGAGGUGAAUGAAGAUGCUUCGGCUGCUGCUGGUCUGCUUGAGAAAUUGAGCGUAAAAGAAGAGAAGGAUGAAGAAAAGUCCAUUGAAAAAGAGGCAGAACCCGAGAAAGAGAAGGAGCUUACAAAAGUAAAAGAAGAAGUUAAGAAAGAGGAGGCAGUCACUACUACUGCGGAUUGAGAAAAAGAAGCGAGUCGAAGUCUGUCCUGUCAUAUUAUGAGGUAUUCUGUGUCUCAUCGGCCAUCAAUAUUCCCUCCUUAGUAAAAGUGACAGGUUGAAUUUAUUUGAUCUGCAAAGUGAAGGGUGGUCAGUCCAGUCCAGUUCGAAUGUCAUUUGAUUGCAUCAGCCGAGUCGAGUCAACUGCAAGAGAGUCUUGCAACAAGAGUUAUAUGUUUUUUUUUGCUUGAGUCAGUCAGUAAGGUCGAUUUCUUCCUUUUCGAGUUUUUGGUGUCAAAAAAAGGAAAAUGUGUCUUCUUUCCUUCUCUUCUUGUCUAGAUGAACUGAAAAGUUGUUUUCUUGAUUCUCAACUACUUUGCAGUAUUAUUAUUAUUAUUAUUAUUAAUCAGACUACAAGUGUUUUGGCGAUU